AUGAAUAAAAAUAUUGAUUUGAUGGACAAUGAAGAUAGUGAAGAAAAUGCUAAUCAAUAUUACAAGAUCAUAAAAAAUGAAGAAAGUAGUUUUGAUAGAGAUUUUCGGAAUACACCCAAUAAAUUUGAUUUAUUUUAUGCUGCUCGACUAGAAAAUGGAUAUCUUGACUGA